ACACGGAAAUUCACCAGUCAAUUUCAUUCGGCAGCUUAAUAAGCUUCAAGUGUGUGUUAAAAUCUCUUCUUAAAACCUAAAAGUUUUAGUGAAUUCUUUUUGAAUCCUAGUGAAUUUUAACAUAAUAGAGACUCUCUUAAACUUAAACUGAGCAUUGAUUUUCUACAAAUACUACAAGGACCAAUCAGAUAAAUUUAUUUGUUUGCAAUACGGAAAGUAUUCUAAGCUUCGGCUGGUGAAAAAAUUCUGGCCCGAAACAGCGAGAGAUUCAGUGUUUAGUGGCAUUUGGAGGCGGAAAGAUUUUUUCAAGCAACAUUGCAGUAUAAUUUUCCAAAAUGUGGCUGCUGUUAAUUUUUCUUGGCCUUGUGGUGUAUUAUGUGUACAGAUGGCUUACGGACAACCAGUACUACUUCAAGGAACGGGGUAUUCCGUACACUGAGAGGCAUUAUGGAAUUGGUGCCUUCUACAAAAUCUUCACUAAGCAGACAACAGUCCAAGACCUUAUAUGGUCGUACUACAGCAGAUACUCUGACCAUCAGGUCGUCGGUCUGUGGGAAAUGAACCGGCCAUUCUAUUUCAUUCGUGAUCCUAAAUUAGUAAGGACAAUUGGUGUUAAAUCUUUUGAUCAUUUCCAUGACAAAGUGGCUAUUAUCACCGGCGAAAUGGACCCAUUCCUGGGAAAUUCCCUGGUUAUGCUUAAGGGUCAGAAAUGGAGGGACAUGAGAGCUACCCUAAGCCCAGCUUUUACAGGAAGCAAGAUGCGCCUGAUGUGUGAAUUAGUUGUGGAAAUCGGAGAGCAAAUGGUAGAAUUUAUACAAAAAGAAGCUAAAGAGAAAGGACCUCAAACUUACGAAAUGAAGAAAUUCUUCUCGAGAAUAGCUACUGAUCUCAUUGCAACCUGCGCCUUUGGAGUGAAAGUCGAUUCCUUGCAUGAUGAUCGGAAUGCAUUCUAUUUGAAUGCCACAAGACUUUCUGAUUUCACUAAGGCUAAAAAACUUUUAAAAUUCUUUGCUUUUCGAGCCAUACCCAAAGUUAUGAUUGGUCUAAGGAUCACACUAAACACUAAGGAAGAUAUGGAAUAUCUUAAAAGACUCGUAGUGGAUUCUAUGAAGAUCCGGGAAGAGAAGAACAUCUAUCGUCCUGAUAUGAUUCACUUACUAAUGGAGGCUCAGAAAGGCAAGCUGAAACACACUCAAACCGACAAUGACUCUGCUGGAUUUGCCACAGUUGAAGAAGCUAGUACUGGAUGGAAGAAGACUACUGAAACAUGGUCUGAAACUGAAAUUGUAGCUCAAUGCUUCCUCUUUCUAAUGGCUGGAUAUGAAACUGUUUCAACUGUCGUCAGUUUCACAGCUUACGAAUUAGCCAUUAAUCCUGACAUACAGCAAAAGCUCUACGACGAGAUCAGACAAAUGCAUAAGGACCUUAAUGGAAAACGCCACAAUUACGAAACUCUCCAGAAGAUGAAAUACCUGGAUAUGGUAGUAUCGGAAAUCCUGAGAAAAUGGCCCCCAGCUCCUUUCAUUGACAGAACUUGCACUGAAAAUUUCUCAGUGGAUCUCGAUAAUGGCCAAAAGCUAACAUUUGAAAAAGAUAACAUCAUGUGGAUACCCGUUCAUGCCUUCCAUCGAGAUCCCAAUCACUAUCCGGAUCCUGAGAAGUUCGAUCCUGAACGUUUCAAUGACGAAAAUAAAUCCAAAAUUGAUCCAAAUACCUACAUACCCUUUGGAUUAGGGCCAAGAAAUUGCAUUGGAUCUCGCUUUGCUCUGAUGGAAACCAAAUCAAUUUUGUUCCAUUUGUUGUUGAAUUUCUCCAUCGAAGUAACUUCAAAAACGCAAAUUCCACUCGUUUUGGCAAAGAUGCUUUCUGGACUACAUGGGGAAAAUGGAAUACAUCUUAUGUUUAGACCAAGAGAUCCUUAGAUCAUCUUUCUGCCUCACAAUUCUUUCACUUACAAUAUAUUUAUUAAUGUUACACGGUUCUAAACAAUUCGCUAAAACUGUUUCAAAAAAAAAAUAAUAAUAAUUAAAGUUGCUUCAUCACUAUGCAUUCGAAAAAGAAUUGGAAAUCUUCAUAAUAAUGUUGACACAGCAAAAAAAUAUUGAUAAGGUUAAUCCUAAAAUCCAAAGCAAAAA